GCUCUUCGGUUGGAUUAUAUCUAGAAAAUAAUUUAAUUACUAUUAAAAUAAAUCCAAAUUCUUCUAUUCUUCACGUUCACGAGCCGUCGAGCUCUGCUUCAUAGUCAUAGAUUUCAGAAAAAAACAGUUUCUUGUUUCGAAUUUGUUUCCUUUAGAGCGAUUUCAGUUACCUUUCUUUGCAAAUAUUUGCUUUCUUUUACAAAAUCUUUUGGGUUCUUUAUGGUUUGUGCACCGGAAAGUGUUGCUUGCUUAUUUGUUAGACUAAGAAUUUGAUUUCAAUGGAUCGAAACUCUUAUAGGGUUUCUGUUGAUUUUGUAGUAUCAGUUUGAUUCAUAGCUCAUGAAGAUGCGGAAAGAUGGCUCUGAUGCUGAUGCUGCAGCCGUGGACUGUGGUGGUGUUCCCCUGCCGGGACCAGACCAGGACAUUGACCUGGAGAAGCAGGAGCAUACCAGUGUGUUGCCGGUAGAGGAUGCUAAUUGUGCCUCAUUGGAGGAUUCAAUCAAUGAGCACAAUCCAGGGUUAAUCACCAUUGUGAUUUCUGAUGGGGAAUCUCGGACCACUCAGGAAUUUGUGGGGAAGCCUCUAAAUACUGUGGAGUCUGAUAAGGACCAAUUACCCUGUGUGGCUUCUCCCAAGAAGAGUUACUUAUCAAGAAAUUCAAGCUCUCACGAGCAAUGCAGAGUUUGUCAGCAGGAGAAGGAAGAAGCUUUAAUUGAUCUUGGAUGCAAAUGUCGAGGUGGUCUUGCAAAAGCCCACCGAUCAUGCAUAGAUACCUGGUUCCGCACAAGAGGAUCAAACAAAUGUGAGAUAUGCCAAAAUGUGACGGUGAACGUGCCACCUCCAGAGCCCCAGCAAGUUUCAAAUUACUGGGUGUGGGGGAUUGAUACAAACUUCAGAUCACCAGAUCGUGAACGAGGUUGCUGUAGUCCUCUUUGGGUUGCUCUCUCAAUACUUGUUGGUGGUCUCCUUUUGGACGUUUUCAUAUCCGUUACUCUUGGAGUGUCUGCACUGCCUGUGAAUAUUAUAGUUGGGGUCAUUGUGGUACUUGGACUUGUAACUGCACUUCGAUUGACCAUGGAAUUCUGCCAUGAAUGGAGAAUGAGGAGAAUAGUAGAAACAGAUGUGAAUCUUGGGUAUCAUCCUGGUUUGUAAGUAUAAGAAGAAGAGCAGUGUCACCAAAGGGUCAUUGGUAACCUCUUCUGUAUACUGCCUGAAAAUGUUGAUAUUAUUUGUCCUUUUACUGCAGCAUUUCGUGGUCACAAUCCAUUGUGAUGUACCAUUUUAGGGUUGGAAACAUUUUUUUUGACAUAUAUAUAUCUCAAUAUAAAAGGGAAUUGCUAUGUGGCGCUCUCUUA